ACGUCGGCGCGCGGGCUCCGCGGUCUCGCGUAACCGCGAGCGCAGCUUCCCGGCCUGGCAACAGCAACAACGGCAGAGGCAGGCGGGCGAGGUCAAGAUGGUGGCUCCGCGGGCGGGGGAGGCGGUGGAGGGGGGAGGAGCCAGGCGAUAGCCGGCCGGAAACACCGACACCCAGAGGCCUCCCGGAAGCCGCCGCCGCAGCCUCAGCCGCCGCCUCCGCCGCCUGCUCCAGCUCGAGAGACGCGAGCGGGCGGCGGGGCGGGCCGUGAGAAAGACUCGAGAGGAGGGAGGGCGGGGGCGGAGUCGCCCGCCUCCGCCCCCAGCCGGCGUCCCGGGCCCUGCCCCACGCGGCCCUGCCGGGCCCGCCCAGCCCCGGUGUGGCAGCGGCUCAUGGCGGCGGUGGGGCCCCCGCAGCAGCAGGUGCGGAUGGCCCAUCAGCAGGUCUGGGCGGCGCUCGAAGUGGCGCUCCGGGUGCCCUGCCUUUACAUCAUCGACGCCAUCUUCAACUCCUACUACGAUUCCAGCCAAAGCCGGUUUUGCUUCGGGCUCCAGGUCUUUCUCCGGCUCUUUGGUAUACUUGUAUCCAGUAUUGUUCUGAUCUUGUCACAGCGAUCACUUUUCAAAUUUUACAUGUACAGCUCAGCCUUUCUAUUAGCUGCGACUUCAGUGUUGGUAAAUUAUUAUGCUGCUUUGCACAUUGACUUCUAUGGUGCCUACAACACGUCAGCUUUUGGAAUUGAGCUGCUGCCUCGAAAAGGACCCUCACUAUGGAUGGCACUCAUCGUUCUACAGCUAACAUUUGGAAUCGGAUACAUUACACUACUCCAAAUUCAUUCCGUCUAUUCACAGUUAAUUAUUCUGGAUCUCUUGGUUCCUGUAAUAGGCUUAAUCACAGAGCUACCAUUACAUAUCCGGGAGACUUUAGUUUUUACUUCUUCCUUGAUUCUCACAUUAAAUACAGUGCUUGUCUUGGCUGUGAAACUUAAGUGGUUUUAUUAUUCCACAAGAUACGUUUAUCUCUUAGUGAGGCACAUGUACCGAAUUUAUGGAUUACAGUUACUAAUGGAGGACACGUGGAAGAGGAUUCGCUUCCCAGAUGUCCUUCGAGCCUUUUGGCUAACCAGAAUUACAGCUCAGGCGACAGUAUUAAUGUACAUUUUAAGGAUGGCAAAUGAAACUGAGUCCUUCUUUAUUUCUUGGGAUGAUUUCUGGGACCUCAUUUGCAAUCUUAUAAUUAGUGGAUGUGAUUCUACACUCACUGUACUGGGCAUGAGUGCUGUAAUUUCCUCAAUAGCCCAUUAUUUGGGCCUUGGAAUAUUGGCCUUUAUUGGCUCAACUGAAGAAGAUGACAGGCGGCUUGGCUUUGUGGCACCUGUUUUAUUUUUUAUUUUGGCUCUUCAGACUGGUUUAAGUGGGCUAAGACCGGAAGAGAGACUUAUUCGCUUAAGUAGAAACAUGUGCCUUUUAUUAACUGCAGUCCUGCAUUUCAUCCAUGGAAUGACAGACCCUGUAUUAAUGUCUCUCAGUGCCUCUCAUGUGUCAUCUUUUCGUAGACAUUUUCCUGUGCUCUUUGUUUCUGCUUGCCUGUUUAUUCUGCCUGUUUUACUCAGUUAUGUUCUUUGGCAUCACUAUGCACUAAAUACAUGGUUGUUUGCAGUUACAGCCUUUUGUGUGGAACUCUGCUUAAAAGUAAUUGUUUCCCUCACUGUUUAUACGUUAUUCAUGAUUGAUGGCUACUAUAAUGUCCUCUGGGAAAAGCUGGAUGAUUAUGUCUACUACGUUCGUUCAACAGGCAAUAUUAUUGAAUUUAUAUUCGGAGUAGUAAUGUUUGGAAAUGGGGCUUAUACUAUGAUGUUUGAAUCAGGAAGUAAGAUUCGGGCUUGUAUGAUGUGCUUACAUGCAUAUUUUAAUAUCUACUUACAAGCAAAAAAUGGCUGGAAGACAUUCAUGAAUCGGAGAACUGCUGUAAAGAAAAUCAAUUCACUUCCUGAACUAAAAGGGAGCCGCCUACAAGAAAUAGAUGAUGUUUGUGCAAUCUGCUAUCAUGAGUUUACCACAUCUGCUCGCAUCACACCCUGUAAUCAUUACUUCCAUGCACUUUGCCUUCGGAAAUGGUUGUACAUUCAAGAUACCUGUCCAAUGUGCCAUCAAAAAGUGUACAUUGAAGAUGAUGUCAAGGAUAAUUCAAAUAUAUCUAAUAACAAUGGAUUUAUUGCACCCAAUGAAAAUCCAGAGGAAGCUGUAGGAGAAGCUGCUGCUGAACCUGACAGGGAAUUGAACGAAGAUGACAGUAUGGAUUGUGACGAUGAUGCUCAGAGAGAAAGAAAUGGCGUGAUUCAGCACACAGGCACAGCGACUGAAGAACUGAUUAAUGAUGAUACUGAUUAAAAUAGCAUUUACUAAUCAUUGAGGUAUUUGUUUAAAAUUCAGUUCAUCCAAAAUGGAGUAAUAUGCUUCACUUCAGUGUGUAACCAAGCACAAAAACAGUAUCAAUGUUGAAUCUGUGAAUGGUUUUCCGUUUACUGUGAUGUGCUACUGUAAAUAUACCUCUUUAAUUACUUCUGGUCUCUUUGGUGACCUAUUUAAAUUUGUGUACAUUAUUGUACAUAGAAUAAAAUGUUUUCACGUUUUUAUGACAAAUUUGAACAAAUAGCUUUUUAAUAGAUGUAAUGAAUAUGGUGCGUCAACUGUGCCAAAGAUUCCUCAAUGAAAGAUGUAAUGUAUCUAAUUCUGAACCCUAGUUUUUCUUUAAAAUGGGUGGAAGAGAAUGAAAAUGGAAAUUGGAGGUAAUCAAGGAAAUAAUUUGGACCAGAGGACAAAUGCUGUUUGUAGAGUGUUUCAAAAUUAAGGGAAAAAAAUAGGCUGCCAGAAGUGAUUCAGACACUUUUUUGAAGUUUGAGAGUCGGUUUGAAAGUUGAGCUGGGUUUGAAAGUCAUGAUUCAGAGAUUGUGUGAGAGUUGAAAAACAGGCUUAUUGAAAAAUAGGCUUAUAUCAACUAAACUUUGGUAGAAGCCAGAAUGUGUUUUAAUUUUGAUGUAAAAAUCAUUAUAUAAAUCUGUUAGCCAUUCUGUGUUUGCAGCAUUGACAUAUUUUAAUUGUCCUUUCAAACUUUUGAAGAGAUUACAAAAUGAAAUUCUUGGGGGUUUUCAUUGUUUUAAACUAAGACAUUAAGUGACUAAAAAAUUCUGAUCAGACUUCAUGGGUGGUUAUGCAGUGAUACAGCACCUCUUUAGACAGCUCCCAGAGAAUUCCUUUAUUGAAACAUUUUAAGUUUUACCAAGAAAUUUUACAUACGUGAUGGAAAACUGGGGGAGGCAUGCCAAUUAUAUAUCAGGAAAAAAGAUUUUAAUGGUGUUGUUAUAUAGGGUAUUGGCUAGUUCCAGCGGAUCUUCAUCCCUUACUGCUGACAUUAUCUCCAGUAUUUGACUAAAAGAAAGCAAAAAUGGAUGGUUAAAUUUCUAAGCACAUGUUCUGUUUUAAAGACAUUUAAUUCUCUUUUUCCACAUAGAGGAAGAUACUGUCUUAGCACCUUUAACUUACUUACAGGUAUUAUCAUAUGCUUUUUGAGAAACCUCAUACUGUUUUCCAUCGUGGCCGUACCAAUUUACAUUCCCAUCCAUUGAUGAUGCUGAAAACUUUUUAAACUGCUAGGAUAUUUAAAACAGAGCAAUCAGAGACAAAUGUGAGAGUCUUGCAUAUAAACUAGAGCCAGGAACCAGGUUGAAAUGAAUUCUAAAACCAGCUCAUAUGUGUACCAUAAUUAUGGAAUUAACCAGUGGAAACGAGGAGUCCUUUUAAACUGUGGGUCAUUACGUGUUAGUGGGUCAUGAUGCGCUUUUAAAAAAAUAAAAGGAAAAGCACACUGUAAGGGAAGUGCUGUUUCAUUUUAGUUUGGGUUUUAUUUUUAUAUAUGCUUGUGUGUACUGAGUCACAGCGUGGUAUUGUGGGGAUAACAAAGUUUGAAAGCCACAGCUAAGAGCACUGGUCGUAAAGGACAACUGAAAUUGCUGCGUCAUCACCAGCACAGUGACAGCAAAGGAAGUUAGACGUUGUUUACAUUUACUUGGAACAAUGUAUGGUGAUUAGCAAGUGGGGAGGAGAAAAGGCACUUUCUCUUCCUGUAUUCCCCCGCCUCAAGGUUUCUUUGCCUAGAAUAACGAUAGUUAUCAGUAGUGUUUUAUAUUGUAUGUAGACAGAAUAUUUGUUAUACUUGAAUUAGGUCAAAAUCAAAAUUAAAUGUUCUGAUAUUCUUUGUCUUAA